AUGCCGAUCCCGCCUGGCCAGAAUCCCUUCUUCCUAACGAAGGCGCACGAUGUCACCAAUGCAGGAUCUCCACAGCCGCCUCGCAAUCAGUCGCAUCAACAGGCGGCUUUUCCACCACGGCCGGCAUCUGUCCCUCCUCAACAAGCAGCUCCACCGCCACGACAGGCGAGCUUCCCGCCACGGCAGACGUCUCUUCCACCGCGACAGGCGUCAUUCCACUCGCCUCAACAAGCAGCUCCUCCACCACGACAGGCGUCCUAUCACCCGCCACGACAGGCGUCUGUCCCACCUCGACAGGCCUCUUAUCACCCACCACGACAACCGUCUCUCCCACCUCAGCCCUACCAAAACCCCGGCAUGCCACACUCCCCUCGCCCAUCGAAUCAUCCUCAGCUUCAGCAGCCCGUAGUACCCUACAAUUCAAACUUCCAAGCUCCCAAUCCCAACGUCCGCGGCAACACGCCUGGCCCUUCCCCUCCCAACGCUCACGCCAACCUCCGAUGGCGAGUCCCCAAACCCGGCACCCCUAGACCCAAACCACCCUCUUUCAACCAACAAAUGGCACGCAUGAAUCCGAACUAUCAAUACCCAUUUCCACCGCCACAGCCUCAAAGGCAGAAGCCAGGGAAGAAGAAGCGGAGUAAGCCGAAUGCGAAGAAAGAUGCUUGGCGAGCAGCGGAGGCGGCGUCGAGGGCUGAGUGGGAGGUGGCAGGGCCGCAGAUGGGGCAGUCGAGGAGAGGUGGUAGGAGAGAUCGCAAGGCAGAGAGAAAGGAGUAUGUGGCCGGGCUGAACAUGGAGGGGAGCUGGGGAAACAAGAAGAGCUCUUGUUGUGUGAUUAUGUAG